AUGCGUUACAGGAACUGGGAUGUGCUCCUCUUCCCAGCAGGCUCCAAAACACCUAUCCAAGAGUUCAAGACACAAUGCUUCGUGACCAAGGACCGAGACUCGCCCUAUCUACACAAUCCUGUCUACUUUGGUCCGCACGCACACCAACCCGACCCCAGUCAUUUCAAUCAAUUGCCAGUCCUCACAACAUUCAUCCCAAGCCAGCCUAGAGACAGCCCCUUCCAGGUAUCCAUUCACAGCUGGGACAGACCACGCCCCAGUGUCCAGAUCGAAUCUAGCAUGGAGCCCGAGGAUGUUCCGCUCUUUGAAGCACGGGUAUUUGUUGACGGAGCAUUUGUUGCUGGCAGCAUCUAUGGACAGAGGACCAGAUGGCCGCAGAUCAUGGACUUGGGUUCCAAUAUCGACCGAGAUGGAAACCAGGACACCCUCCGCUUCCCUCCUUUCCAUUCCGAGGUACUUCAACAAAAGCAUUGGGACGCAGGAGACUCCCAGGGUCGAAUCAAAAUUAUCAUUGCUGAAGGAUUUUCUCGCCCAAACCGUAAUCCUCCGUUCGAACGGUUCAGACAUGUCAUUGCUUUCUCUUUCCAGCAUGCACCUCUAGAUAUCUUGGAGUUCUCGGAGAUUGCUUGGCCCAACCCAAGCAUGUGGAUUAUAGUACCAAAUGCAGCCCGGUACGGAUCAGCUACGAGAUACAACGCCACCAAGGGACUUGAAGAUGGCGCCCAUGGGCAUUCGCCAGGCAAGCCUGACAGACCUGAUGAUGCCAUCACAGGCAACACGAGCAGCAAGUCAAGCAACAACACUUACAGUGGCAGUACCCCAUCUACCUACAAUGCUUGGACCCCUCACCGUGGCUUUCCCAUCCCUUCCACUCAGUGGAAUGGCUACUCUCAAGGACCUCGGUGGGACCCGCAGGAUACAUACAUCGUUGAACCUGGCAUAGACGCUUUUGUUGAUGAUACAGCAUGGCGUCAGCGAGGUGCCCGUUCCUCCCGGGAGGAUGUCCCCAUGCCAGACUACAGUUCUGCCGGUUCAACCAGCAGCCGGCCCAUCUCCAGCAUGUCUGGGCUCAGCUACGAGCAUAGCAAGCAGCCUAGCAUCAACUCUUGUCUGGACGAUGAACAAUACAAUGAGUUGAUCCAAGCUCUCACUCCAACCAAGGCGCCUUCAAUGGGUACGCGCGCACCUUCGAACACCCCCUCUACUGCAACGGCAUCGAUGGCUCCUCCAAAACCUUCUGCUGCCGCUGAAGCUCGAUCUGCAGGCUACAAAACUCGGAGUCGGCGUACAUCUGCACUCAAGGAGAUAUCUCAAACGAGUACCCGUGAGGCUUCCGGCUCAAGUGAGCCCAAGAAUUCAUCUCCAAAGGUCGGAGCAAGUCCCAGUGAAAAGAUUAGAGGCAAAAAGGAAACCCAGAAAGAUGGCCCCACGGAGACUCCGAAGGCACAAUCGAAGGGCAAGCGGAGCAUGAAGGAAAAUAGCAAGGCUAAGGAUAUCGAUGCGAAUGAGAAUACUCCGGAUGAGAUCGAGUCGGUACUGUAG